GCCUCACAAAAAAUGUCAGUACAAUAUAUCUGAUUUCUGCUCAUAAAAUUCAUAGUAUAAAUUUUUGUAUAUAUAUAUAUGGCUUCCACAGUUGCCUUUCUUUCAGUACAAUCCCCAAAAUGUUACAGAAUAGAUCAGUCAUUUCUUUCUUCAAAUUCCCUUUUAAAGUUGAAAAAGCAAACAUCUUUGUCUGCUAGACAAUUCAAGUCUCAAGAAACACCCUUAAUUUUUGCAGCUCAAUCCAAUUUCUUCAAAGUUCUUCAAACUGCAUGGAGAGUUGGAAAGGAUGGAGUUGAAGCUGGAACCAACAUGGUACCUGAUGCCAUCCCAAGACCAAUAGCCAGGAUUUGUGUGACAGUAGUUGGAGCGGCCUUUGCUCUCUUUGCACUCAAGUCAUUCCUGUCGACAGUUUUCUUUGCGUUGGCGAUGAUGGGAGUCAUUUACUUUGGAUUCAUAGCCUUGAACAAGGACGAUGGUCCAAAAGGCGGUGGAGGCACUGCUUCUGUUGACGAUAGUCUAGAAGAAGCAAGGAGAAUAAUGGAGAAGUACAAGUAAGAAAUGCAGAAAUGGAUCUCAUCGCGAUAACUAUCAACGUCUCUGGCUUCUUUCAAAAUAGGUAGUAUGCCAUCAAAUCAUUUCAUAAAAGGAAUCCUUUAUAUUCUUAAAUGUACUGGUUUGUAAGGUAAUGUUAUACAGUUGAUUUUAAAUUUUCUGAGUUUAGCAUAUCUCACAUAAUUUGAUCUGAAAAGUUGCAUUAUUUCAGUUUAA